AGGCCAGGAUGGCAUUGGCCCUCUUGGGGGGCUCAUGUUUGAAUCCCCAAACCUUAGAUGCAGGAAGAGGUGCUAGAUGCUGACAUGGUAGCCAGGGCUUCUGUCUCCCAGGAAGCAGGUGUAGUCAGGUCUGCUUUGGAGCCUGCUGUUCUUUGCGCUGACCUCGGGAGAUCCCUCAGUAUGCUGUUGUGUGCCACAUGCACCAGCCCCAAAAGGGGAUUCCCCUGUGGAAGGAGGGAGAGGGUGAAGGAGGUUGAGGGCCCUUUUCUCGGGGAUGGCUCUUCUGUGCCCUCUUGCUUGCUGGAGGGGGAAGCACAGGGAACAGCUUUUACCUCCCAUCCCGUGCCCUGUCCUCCAGCCCUCUCCUCAUCCUAUGCAGAACACCACUCCCAGCAGCGCAGUUGCCAUUGCAGAUCCUUCCCCAUGUCACAGCUGUCACCAUGGUCCCUGUUGCCCCACCCAGCGCAACUGCCUCUGAGAGUGCUGGGCUGGUGACAGCCAUGUCCAGUACAAAAAGAGCGAGAGCUGGGGAUAGCCCUAUUUUAAAUGGGAAGAGGGAGCUGGGGGCCCCAGAGUCAAAGAGGAGGAGGGGGCCCGCCAUGAACAUCAAGCGGAGGAUGAGGAGUGUCUGAUACCGUUGCACCCGGACCACCACUGUGACCAACCAUGUGGAGCCCAUGGAAGUGGAUCCACCUCCAGAUGAUGCUGAGCCCAUGGAGGUGGAUCCGCCUGCGGCACAGCUGGCCUGGCACCACACCAUCGUGCCAGGCCCCACAGCUCCACCAUCGCUGGUCCAGGCGCUCGGCUCCUUACCUGCUGUGCAGCCCCCACCCCCGGCGUUAGCUGGGUGGCACUGCUUACCACCUGCUCCUCCUCCAUCUUGUUGCUCCUCUGGAGCCAAGUUCUGCGGGCCCCUAGUUCCAUCUCCCCCCUGUAGGUGUUAGGUCCCCGUCCCUGGUUUUGUUGUUGAUAUUAGUGUUUAGUUUUAGUGUUAGGAAUUAUUACUGUUCAUAUUUUAGUGUUAGGCAUAGGUUACUCUUCGUAUUUUAGCAUUCGGCAUAGAUUGCUACUAUCAACUGGAUGUAAACGCUGCUCAUUUGAAUAUCGAGGAACAGAGCCUGAGUGGCUGAGAAAUUGAGUUGGGACUCAGGAGAACAAUUUGUGACUGUCACAAACUUCCUGUGUGGCCAUUGCAGGCAGUUGGUGUCGUACAGCACAGCAGCAGCACGGUUGUGAAUACAUACACAAGAAGCCGCUCUCCUUGAGAACAGUAGAGCAGCAGGCUGUCUGCACUAUGGCUGCUGAACGGCAUUACUCCCCACCGGAGAUCCCUGAGCCCACGCUGAUGGAGACUGUGCUGCACCACGGACUCUUCUUUGGAGCCAUUUUCCAGCUUCUCUGUGUGUUAGCCAUUAUCCUGCCAGUUUCCCAGUCCCGUAAGACAGACUCGGAUGGUUCUGGGACUAAGACCUGGGAGGCGGUGAAGAAACCAAAGGCAAGUGCUGCGCAGCUAAGUAAGAAACCCAAGAAGGAAAGCAAAAAGAAACGAUAAGGGCUUGACCGACAAGCCUCAAAAGACAAAGGAAUCACCUGUAAUGCUUCCUCAGAGAUUGUACCAAAGGCAUCCGAGUAUGUCGUCUGGUUUUCUGGCAUUGCCAUGCUUUACCUUUCGCAGACAAUGGAGAGGAACUGAGGAAACUGGAAGGGAAGGGCUUCUGAUGUGUUACAAGCAAAGAGUCAUAAGCAGGACUUCAUGUGAUGUGAUUCAUGGGUCAGUCCCCAUCCAGUGUAGUAUGAGACUGAAAUAAGGCUAGACGGGACUGGAGAGUGGGAGGUGGUGACGUAGCCACAGAGUAAGGCAUCUUAAGCUUCUUGAUGCCAGCUCCCAUCUUGGUUUUUUAGACCACAAAUGAGUCAGUGGGAGGAGAACCUGCUGUGUGAGGUGCCUCAGGGCUCAGAGCGGCUUUGAAGGAAAGGCUUCUGUGGCAGGGCUGCAAGUCUGCCAUCUUUUUGCAUACGUAGACUGCCAUCCUCCAUUGACAAAGGCAUUGUGAGCCCAGGUAUGGCAGUAGUGCUGUUAGGUUUCUGGUAGAGAACAGACGCAGAACAGCACAUUUGCUGAAACCAUCAGUUUGCUGCUCUCCCUUGCUGUUGGUGGAAAUGACGAGUGGACAGCACAAGGAAAGCAGAACAAAGCAUGUGAGACAAAAGCACUCUGAAGUUGCUUGGACAUCUCAGGACAAAGAAACAUGACAAAAAUUUCCCAUGCAAACAACACAAACUGGUAUCGUUGUUGAGUUUCCAUGGGUGAGGAUGGUAGUUGUUUUAUCUAACUCUGUCCUUCUGCAGGUUCCCUAAAGGUGGGCUCUGUUGCAUUCUUCUAACAGAGGCACAACUACUGAAAGAGUAAUGCACGCAUUACCCAAAAUACAGGAGUGCUUCCACAGCCAAAAACUGGUUGCCAUGAGCCCUGUGUGGUUGUUACCUCGGAGCAGCAGGCUGCUUCUUUCUCUGACUGAACGAGACUGAAUGAGUCAUUGCUAACUGGAAAUCCUGGAUGCUGGGGUUUCAUUUUGGGGGUUGUGAAUUGAGGAAAGCAGAUUAGGCUAAAAGUUAUGUGCCUUCAUGAGGUGUUGAAUCGGCAGCUGCAGAUCUGACCUUGCUAAGCCAGGUUCUCACUACUGAUAACAGAUGCUUUUCUACGGACUUGGACAGUUAGUGCAGACAGCGGGUGUCCUGUCUUUGCACGUAACAUCGUUAGCUCCCCUAUCUCUGGAAUGCAAGGUAGCAGGCUCAAAGAGUAAAACCACAAAUUAACAAAGAAGCGGCGGAUUGGUGAACAGAGUUGUGGCUGAUGAGACGACCAAUCAGAGCCACCCAUCGUAACCCAAGCCCAAGAAAAUAGCACCAUGACCUUCAUCAGAAAGACCACCGAGAGACACGCGUGUGUAAAAGAGCUGAGACUUGGGGCGGGGGGGGGGGGGGGGGGGUUGUCAGUCCUUCUGGGGACUCAUUGUAAUAACCCAAACUUUUCUUGGACAUCUAAUGCAUAUGUAAGCAGCUUGGUCUUUAAGUAUGUGCCUUUCUUGCCCUCCGGCAUGCAGGCUAGGUGGGCAUAUCCCCCCCUGCAUCUGGCGUGUGCGCAGCGCUGAUUAGACAUACCUGCUUUAUAACUACUCAGAGGUGGGAUUGUGCUGUAUUUGCAGUUGGUUCCGAACGGCUCGAUACCUGUUUUGGAAUGUUGAUUAGCUGGACUUACGGUAUGCCUUUAGUAAUUACCGUAUUCCACAUUUUAUUUUCUGUUGAAAUAUAUACUAAAUACAAGCAAAAUAUUUUUGUUUAAAAUAAAAGCAAGAAUAACUUUUUAAAAA